UCAUAUUUGCUUCCGUUGGCGCUCUGAAACUGUUCGUUUCAUUUCAUCAAUAACUUCUUGAUUUAGGGUUUGUAUUGUAGCAGACCAACAAUGGAAAUCUCUCAAGAGAAGAACAACACCACCACCACCACCAUUGCCUUCAACAACCUUUCUGAUGACUCUCUACAAGCACACCACAACUCAGGGAACAUCGCCGAUGAAGAGAUUCAGAAUCGAUUUGUUCACGACAAAAGCCCUGAAACAGGGGAAAUUUCUGAAGAGACAGCGUUUAAGAAUUUGAAUUUGGAGGAGAGGGAUAGUAAGAGUCAGGAGAAAACUGUGGCAACAGGUGAAGAUGUUGAUGAAGUAAAACUCUAUAGUGAUGUUUAUGACGAUGAAAUGUAUCAAAAGGAGAUGAUUGAUAACGGAAUUGAAGGUUCUGAACAUCGUGGUGAUGAUGAUAGUGACGUUAAUCUGACUGUUCAACCGGAUGAAAAUGAUAACCCUGAAGAGGGGGUUAAUAGAGAAGAAGAAGUUGUAUCAUUGUUAGCGUCUAAUAGUGGGAAAUACAGAAGGCCAACUUUUCCUGUUCGUCUUGAUGCGGAAGAUUGUGCAUUUUAUAUUCGAAAUGGGACUUGCAAAUUUGGGUCGAGUUGCAAAUUCAACCAUCCUCCUUGGAGGAAAAACCAGGCUGCAAAUGAUAGGAGAAAGGAAGCAAGUACUGACAGGCCUGGACAAACUGAAUGCAAGUAUCAUAUGAAGGCUGGUGGCUGUAAAUAUGGAAAUACUUGCAGAUAUAACCAUAGUGGUGGAAGGGCUCCCAUUGCUCCUAUUCUUCAGUUCAAUUUCCUGGGCUUACCUAUUCGUCUGGAGGAGAAAGAUUGUCACUACUACAUGUGUAAUGGGACAUGCAAGUAUGGAUCUAACUGUAUGUUUAAUCACCCUGAUCCGUCUGCACAGGGAAGUGAACCCCAUUCUGGCUACAGUACAAAUGGAUUUCUUCCAUUGCAAGGUGUCUCUCAGCCAUCUGUGUCUUCUUGGUCAUCAGCCAGAGCACUGAAUGAAACUGGUCCGAUGCCCAUCAUGUUUUCUCCAACCCAACUUUCGACAAGUGCUCAAUGGGGUGGUUAUCAGGCAACCUCCGCCUACCCAACAGCAGCAGGUGAUAGGAGUUUGUCCGGUCAGGCAGGUUUUGCUCUCAACAACAGUCCAAUGGCUGAAACCACCAAUAGCCUCAUGUAUAAUAAACAACCACAGAUUGUACCAGAUGAAUAUCCAGAACGGCCAGGCCUACCUGAAUGCAGUUAUUUUAUGAAAACAGGGCAGUGUAAAUACAGAUCAGCUUGCAAGUUUCAUCAUCCAAAGAAUAAUCAGACUAUUCCAAACAUAACAUCUUCUGGCGUUCUCAGUGAAAAAGGAUUGCCACAAAGACCUGAGAAACCUAUUUGCACUCAUUAUGGCCGCUACGGUAUAUGUAAGUAUGGACCUGCCUGUAAAUAUGAUCAUCCAGUAAACUACACUCCUUCAGCCUCUAUGACUGGACAUGUUCCUCCAUCAACGACUGUUGGGAGUGCAAGUGGAAGUGGAGUCGGGGAUGGAAUUCCCCGCGUUUGAUGAAGCUCUUCUUCAGUGUUGAGUUUAACUGACCAUAAACCAAGCCAAGCCAAGCCAAGCCAAAAGGAUUGUGGUGUUAAACUAUAUCCUCCCUAAGUUAUCGCCUAUUGUUCUUCUACAACAGUCAUAAAUUUGGGACAUGUAAAGUUUUGUUUUUUUAAGAAGUUAGUAAUAAUCUAAUGUUGAAUGUUUCUAACAUUAUACUAGGUUGUUCCAUCUUUAUUUUUUCUCACUCCUGGGUUUGUUUCAACUUCUAAAAGUUGCUUCAUGAAAAAUAUUGACAUUAACAUGAGCAAGGAAGUGUCUGUUUGAUCAUUUACCACAUUGAUUAUAUUGAAUCUAAUUACACUCUUCA